GGAGGGGUGGUGUGGGGCGGUGCUACACAGUGUGGAGCUGUCGGGCGGGGCCAGCCCAGUGGGAAGUGAGUGAGUUCUGUCUGCCGCCUCAGAGCACACUACUGCCUGCCAGCUGCAGACACAGUCUACACCAUGAAGCUGACCUUCCUGCCCUGGGUCCUGCUGCUACUGAUGACAGCCACCAGUCCAGGACUCUGGCCCACUGCAGGUGCCCAGGAGAGCUGCUCCCUGCGCUGUGGAAACAAGACUGGACCCUGCUCCUGCCACCCAACCUGCUUGGGCCUUGGCACCUGCUGCUUGGACUUCCAGGACUUCUGUCUAGAGAUUUCACCCUCCUCGGGCUCCAUGAUGGGUGGCAAGGACUUUGUGGUACAGCAUAUCGAAUGGUCCAGCUCCACAAAUGGCGUGAUCUGCAGGUUUAAGGAAAGUAUCCAGACCCUUGGUUAUGUGGACUCCUUGAAGCAGGUGCACUGCGUGUCACCUUUGCUCUACGAGAGUGGCCGCAUCCCUUUCACCAUCUCGAUGGACAAUGGCCACUCUUUCAAUCUCACAGGCACCUGGCUAGCUGCACAUCCCAACAAAGUGUCAGAAUCGGAGAAGAGCCAGCUGGUAAACGAGACCCACUGGCAAUAUUAUGGCACCUCGGGUACCACUGGUAACCUCAGUCUCACCUGGAACACCUCGAUGCUUCCCACGCCAGCUGUCACCAUAGAGCUAUGGGGCUAUGAGGAGACAGGGAUACCAUAUUCAGAAAACUGGACAGCAGAGUGGUCCUACCUCUACCCACUGGCCACAAAUAUCCCAAACUCUGGCUCUUUCACCUUCACUCCAAAACCUGCACUUCCCAACUACCAGAAAUGGAAAGUGGGUGCACUUCGGAUCAUUGACAGCAAGAACUACGCAGGGCAGAAGGAUGUACAGGCACUUUGGACCAAUGAUCACGCCCUGGCCUGGCACCUAGGCGAUGACUUCCGGGAAGACUCUGUUGCCUGGGCCCGCUCACAGUGCCUGGCCUGGGAGGCUCUAGAGGACCAGCUGCCAGAUUUCCUGAAGGAGCUGCCUGACUGUCCCUGCACCCUGGCCCAGGCCCGGGCUGACUCCGGUCGCUUCUUUACGGACUAUGGUUGUGACAUCGAGCAUGGCAGUGUUUGCACCUACCACCCAGGGGCUGUGCACUGUGUGCGCUCCGUGCAAGCCAGUCCCCAGUAUGGCUCAGGCCAGCAGUGCUGCUACACAGCAGAUGGCACACAACUCCUGACUGCUGACUCUACCAGUGGCAGCACCCCAGACCGUGGCCAUGACUGGGGCGCGCCCCCAUACCGCACACCACCCCGUGUGCCUGGCAUGUCCCAUUGGCUCUAUGAUGUCAUCAGCUUCUAUUACUGCUGCCUCUGGGCACCCGAGUGCUCCCGCUAUAUGCGGCGACGGCCCUCCAGUGAUUGCCGCAAUUACCGGCCCCCACACCUAGCCUCUGCUUUUGGGGAUCCCCAUUUUGUCACCUUUGAUGGUACCAACUUCACUUUCAAUGGUCGCGGAGAGUAUGUGCUACUGGAGGCACCGCUGACUGACCUGAGGGUACAAGCGCGGGCCCAGCCUGAGAUGAUGACACACGGCACACAGGCCCGGGGCACAGGGCUGACUGCAGUAGCUGUCCAGGAGGGCAACUCAGAUGUGGUGGAGGUGAGGCUGGCUGGAGAGUCUGGGGUCCUGGAGGUGCUGCUGAAUCAGGAGGUGCUGAGCUUCACCGAGCAGAACUGGAUGGACUUGAAGGGUAUGUUCCUGUCAGUGGCCGCUGAGGACAAGGCAUCAAUCAUGUUGUCAUCGGGGGCUGGCCUGGAGAUCAGCAAUCAGGGCCCUUUCCUGAGUGUGGCUGUCCUGCUACCUGAGAAGUUCCUGACCCACACCCAUGGCCUCCUCGGGACACUCAAUGAUGACCCCACUGAUGACUUCACCCUACGUAGUGGACAGGUCUUGCCACUGAAUGCCAGUGCCCAGCAGCUGUUCCAGUAUGGGGCAGACUGGGCCGUGCACAAUGACUCCUCCUUGUUUGCAUACGACUCCUGGUUUUUGGUCCACAACUUCACAUACCAACCCAAGCAUGACCCCAACUUCAAGCCCAUCUUCUCCAAUGAGAUCACCCUCAGUCCCAGCCAAGCAGAAGAGGCAACCAAACUGUGUGAGAAUGACCCUUUCUGCAUCUUCGAUGUGGCAGCCACUGGGAGCCUGAGCGUGGGCAAUGCCACACGGGUUGCCCACCAGCUGCACCAGCAUCGCCUGAAGAGCCUGCAGCCUGUGGUAUCCUGUGGCUGGCUGUCUCCUCCUGCCAAUGGGUACAAGGAGGGCCUCAAGUACCUGGUGGGCUCCACCAUCCGCUUCCACUGCAACACUGGCUAUAGCUUGGCUGGGGCAGAGACUAGCACCUGCCAGGCUGACGGCAACUGGUCCACACCCACCCCGGAGUGCCAGUUAGGACGGAGCUACACGGUGCUGCUAAGCAUCAUUUUCGGAGGCCUGGCAGUGGUGGCACUGGUCGCUCUCAUCUACAUGCUGCUGCAAUACAGGAAGGGAAACAUGAACACACAGAGUUCAUAUCCCUGAGAUGGAGCACACCUGGCCAGCAGCACAGGACCGUCUGGGGGUUGAGAUUCAGUCUCCACAGAGAAAGUCCUAGACUCCAAAUAGCAUGCACCCAGUCCUGUGAUGCUCACAUCCCUUCAGCUGGACACUAGAUACCUUGAGCCUUUUACACCCAUGGACUGAAGACCUAUUCUGUCAUCUCUGACCUGAGGCAUAGUGCAGAUGUUCUAACUCCCAAAUCCCCUGCCAUCAAUGUUCCACGUUCUGAUCCUAUAUUGUGGCUCUGAUUCCUCAGCCUGGAGACUUCAUACCCUGGAACUGUAAUGUCUGUGCCCCAAGCCCUAAUCUCCUGCAUCUGACACUCCAAUUCUAAUACCUCAAUCCGAACGCCGGUGGUCCUGAGCCCUGAUAAACUGAGACCUGCUACCUACCUUUGCAUGGGCCCCCAAUGCCGAGCUGCCUUGGUUCCUGCAUCAUGGGCCCAGCCUGAGAUCCAAGAUGGCCCCAGGGUAAGGAGAGGCCAAAGCACCCUGAACAGAGAGCAAGAUCCCCAGCAGGGAAGAAACUACCCUGUGUACUUCAAGCUUAAGUUUCUACCUCUUCUGGAAUCAUUUGGGGACACCCCUCCCUGCCUGAACAAGGAGAAAACAAGCUUAUUGUAUCUCUUCCCUGGUGUCCUGCUGCUCGUGCUAUGUCUUACUUUUAGAGA